UUUCCCCUCGCCAUCUUGAUGUUCGAUCGCACAGGCGGAAGCAACAUCUUCAGCGGAGCAGCAGCGGGUGUGGUUCGGACUUCUACGGGUGGUUCACCUAGCAGCCCUUUUCCUAUUUCCAGCCAAGAGAAAGGAAAACAUAUUUCCCGAUAAGAACCACGGAGGAGCCGUUCGACUCUGACAUAUCUGCUGUGCGGGCUUAGGGCAGGCAAGAACAAUGGCUACCCAGUCUGAUUUGAUGGAGUUGGACAUGGCAAUGGGAGACAGCAAGGCUGCAGUGACCCAGUGGCAGCAGCAGUCCUAUCUGGAUUCAGGCAUUCAGUCUGGAGUCACCACCACAGCCCCAUCUCUGAGUGGCAAGGGGAACCCUGAUGCUGAGGAGGAUGAUCCAAUUCUCUAUGACUGGGAGUUCAACCAGCCCUUCACUCCUGAGCCCACAGACAUUGAGGGGUAUGCUAUGACCCGGGCCCAGCGUGUGCGUGCUGCCAUGUUUCCCGAGACCUUAGAGGAGGGGAUCCAGAUCCCACCUACCCAGCUGGAUGCUGCCCAACCCACAGCCGUGCAGCGCCUGGCAGAGCCUUCUCAGAUGCUGAAGCAUGCUGUAGUCAACCUCAUUAACUAUCAAGAUGAUGCUGAGCUGGCCACUCGUGCCAUCCCUGAGCUUACCAAACUGCUCAAUGAUGAGGACCAGGUUGUUGUGAAUAAAGCAGCUGUAAUGGUGCAUCAGUUGUCAAAGAAGGAGGCGUCCCGCCACGCCCUAAUGCGUUCUCCACAAAUGGUUUCGGCCGUUGUUCGUGCCAUGCAGAACACUGGUGAUGUGGAGACAGCUCGCUGCUCUGCUGGCACCUUGCACAAUCUUUCCCACCAUCGUGAGGGGCUCCUUGCAAUCUUCAAGUCUGGAGGCAUUCCUGCCCUGGUCAAGAUGCUGGGCUCGCCAGUUGACAGUGUUUUGUUCUACGCCAUCACCACGCUCCACAACCUGUUGUUGCAUCAGGAAGGGGCAAAGAUGGCGGUGCGCCUGGCUGGAGGACUGCAGAAGAUGGUGGCCCUGUUGUCUAAUACCAAUGUCAAGUUCCUGGCAAUCACUACUGACUGUCUGCAGAUCCUUGCAUAUGGCAACCAGGAGAGCAAGCUAAUCAUUCUGGCCAGCGGCGGUCCCCAGGCCCUGGUCAACAUCAUGAGGACCUUUACAUAUGAGAAACUGCUGUGGACCACAAGCAGGGUGCUCAAGGUGCUCUCUGUUUGUUCAAGCAACAAGCCUGCUAUCGUAGAGGCUGGAGGCAUGCAGGCCUUGGGGCUUCACCUGACAGACCCCAGCCAGCGUCUGGUCCAGAACUGCCUCUGGACUCUGAGGAAUCUUUCCGAUGCUGCCACUAAACAGGAGGGAAUGGAGGGUCUCCUGGGGACCCUGGUCCAACUGCUGGGCAGUGAUGACAUCAAUGUAGUGACAUGUGCUGCUGGUAUCCUCUCCAACCUGACCUGCAACAACUAUAGUAACAAACUCAUGGUCUGCCAGGUUGGAGGCAUUGAGGCUCUGGUACGAACCGUGCUCAGGGCCGGUGACAGAGAGGACAUCACAGAGCCAGCUGUCUGUGCCCUGCGUCACCUGACCUCCCGCCACCAGGAUGCUGAGAUGGCCCAGAAUGCUGUGCGCCUUCAUUACGGCCUGCCUGUGGUAGUCAAACUACUGCACCCUCCAUCCCACUGGCCACUAAUCAAGGCCACAGUGGGUCUGAUCCGCAAUCUGGCUCUUUGCCCAGCCAACCACAGUGCUCUGCGGGAGCAGGGAGCCAUCCCCCGACUGGUUCAACUGCUGGUCAGGGCUCACCAGGACACCCAAAGGCGCACCAGCAUGGGAGGCAACCAGCAGCAGUUUGUGGAAGGUGUGCGUAUGGAGGAAAUUGUGGAAGGCUGCACAGGAGCUCUGCACAUCCUGGCCCGGGACGUCCACAACAGAAUUGUGAUCAGAGGGCUCAACACCAUUCCACUCUUUGUCCAGUUGCUGUAUUCACCAGUGGAGAAUAUCCAGCGUGUGGCAGCAGGAGUGCUGUGUGAACUGGCUCAGGACAAAGAAGCUGCUGAGGCAAUCGAAGCUGAAGGAGCCACUGCACCCCUCACUGAGCUGCUGCACUCCCGUAAUGAGGGCGUUGCAACCUAUGCUGCAGCUGUCCUGUUCCGCAUGUCUGAGGACAAGCCCCAGGACUACAAGAAACGUCUAUCAGUGGAGCUGACCAGCUCUUUGUUCAGAACUGAGCCCAUGGCCUGGAAUGAGACUGGAGACCUGGGACUGGAUAUGGGAGCUCAGGGAGACCCUCUGGCUUACAGGCAGGAUGAUGUAUCCUACCGGGCUUACCCAGCAGCCUACGGUCAGGACUCCCUUUUGGACCCCAUGAUGGAAGGUGCUGACUACCAUGCAGACACUCUGCCCGACCUGGGCCACCACACUGAUCCGUUGCCAGACCUUGGCCAUACCCAAGACCUGAUGGACAGCAACCAGCUGGCCUGGUUUGACACCGACCUGUAGGAUUGUUGUAUUCUGAACCUGCAUUGUGAUUGGCCUGUAUUG